CGUGUCGGUCUUCGUUGCUCUCGCGGUGGCCCGUCGUCAGCGUCGGGACGCUCGACGUCCCCACCCUCUGCCUCCAACCCCCCACCAAGUCGAGCCACGUCCUCGUGGAAGGCCGUGUUCGUUUUCCGAGGCGGCAUCAGCCGGCAAUUCGCAUUCGACCGACGUCUUGGUUUAAAGAGUCUCGGGGACAAGAUUUUUGAUGAUGACUUGACUUCUGCCGACUGGAGUGAGCCGCGGCCUCAAGGCAGCACAGACGAAAGAAGAAAAUAGAAGAAAGCGCUGUUUUCAGCCACGAGAGAAAUCGAGAAAGAAAAAAAUAAGAGGAUUAUUGUAUUACACAACGAAUCGUAGUAGAAUUAAUCGCGAGUGACAACCACACGAGGAUUUCCGUUUUUAUUUUUAGUUUGAUUUUUCUGGUCUGAUUUUGUUGUUGUUGAGUGCCCAGUGAGUGCACCACACAAGGGGAAAUUUAUACGCCGAAGUAAUUCUCGGGUGACGAAGGCAAACAAAAAAAGGAAGAAAAAGGGUAGCUGAGGGAGGGGAACCGUUUUGUGAUCCCCGGAACGUCGACGACGAAGAUUGAUUUUUUUAAUCGACCCAUACGACUUGGAUUGCUCCGUUGAUCCAAGAUGAAGCGACAAAUGUCUCAGCAGCAGCAACAGCAGCAACAGAUGCAGCAGCAGCAAACUACCACGCAGCAGCAACAGCAGCAAUACGUGCAACAGAGAACCGAACGAGUCACUCGGCAACAGAUCACCAGUCAGCAGAGAGUUCAAGGGGAGAUCGUAAUGCAGUCAACGCCCACGGUACCAGCUUUUACUGGCAGACCUGGCGAUCCAUCGCCGCCGGUCUUCGAACAGAUUUUCAAGAAUGCCAGAUUCGCGCAGGGUGGAAACGCAAUUUUCGAAGGACGUGUCAGAGGAAACCCGAAACCCACCGUUUCUUGGACGCACAAAGGUGCACCGUUACUGGAGUCAUGGAAAAUUCGGAUGUCGUACGACGAGAAAACCGGAGCAGUUACUCUUCAGAUCAAUCAGAUUGGCCCUGGAGAUGAGGGCGAAUAUACGUGUAGUGCCAAAAAUCAGUAUGGUGAAGCAAUCUGCUCGGUUUACAUUCAGCCAGAAGGAUUCGGACCUCCGCAGCAGCAGACAGGUGGUUACAGGAAGGAAUACGCGCAGACUUUCCAAUCGACCGAACAAAAGAGCCAAACCGGAACUCAAAGCUUCCAGCAGCGCAGCUAUCAGCAAACGAUUGACAAACGAAGUUACAUGAAUGGAUCCUCAACCAGCAUCGAAGAUUUCAAGGUCGACACCUUCGAAUACAGACUGCUGCGGGAAACUGAAUUUCGAGAGUCGAUUACACGCCGCUUCGUGGGCGAAUCGGACGUGCAGAUUUCGACGGUGGUAGAUCGUAACCUGGGACCGGUUGCACCUCCGCAAAUCGUGCAGAAGCCCAGAAACUCGAAACUCGUCGAGGGAUCCGACGCCGUUUUCACAGCUAAACUAUCUGGCAACCCGAAACCGAGAUUAACUUGGUUCAAAAACGGCCAAAGGAUCCGUGAGUCGCAACGCGUGGAGAUGAGCUAUUCGAACCAGCAAGCAAGCAUGAGGAUCAGGACGGCUUUACCAGAAGACAGCGGCCAUUACACCUUGCUGUCGGAGAAUCCUCAGGGUUGCACCGUUAGCUCGGCGUACCUGGCGAUCGAAUCCAGCGGUGAUCAAGUAGACCAGGCUUACCAAACCUACCAGAAGGAGGCAGUCAAGACUCAACAAGUAGAAUCGACCGGCGAGUCAGACUCUGGCAAGGUUCUCCCACCGAAUUUCGUACGCACCUGCACCGAUCGUGAAGCUACCGAAGGAAAAAUGACCAGGUUUGAUUGUCGUGUAACCGGCCGUCCGUAUCCUGAAGUGACAUGGUACAUCAACGGUCAACAAGUUGCCAACGACUUGACCCACAAGAUCCUCGUCAACGAGUCCGGGAACAACUCUCUGAUGAUUACCAAUGUGAGCCGCGCGGACGCUGGCGUCGUGACGUGCGUCGCGAGAAACAAAGCUGGCGAAACGUCGUUCCAGUGUAACCUGAACGUCAUCGAGAAGGAACAAGUAGUCGCGCCGAAAUUCGUGGAACGUUUCACCACGACAAACGUGAAGGAAGGAGAACCGGUUGUAUUCAUGGCGCGCGCCGUUGGCACCCCUGUACCCCGUAUCACCUGGCAGAAGGACGGCGUGCCAAUAACACCUGGACCGGAAGUGCGUAUAAUGACGGACGGUAACGGAGCUUCGACUCUGGACAUACCCUGCGCAAAAAUGUCGGAUGCUGCCUGGUACCAAUGCACUGCGCAGAACGUAGCCGGCUCCACGGCCACCCGAGCACGGCUCUUCGUGGAGACACCGAAAGGAGCAGCCCCUGAACCAAGACGCCUGAAUUUACCCCGACCGACGAAAGUCAUCGAACCUGAACCUGCGCCUGGCCCCGAAGUGAUUUACUUGCGACACGUAGAACGUGCCAAGCCAUAUUUGCCUCCACCCGAGGAGGACAGAAUUUAUCCACCGCCACGUUUCAUUAUACCACUGAGGGACGUUCAUCAGAUCGAGGGUGGACGAAUUCACUUCGAGGCCAGAAUCGAACCGGUGGGCGAUCCCACCAUGAGGGUAGAGUGGUACGUCAAUGGAAGAGCUCUCGAUGCGAGUUCUCGAGCGACUUCCAUUUUCCGAUUUGGCUUCAUCUCACUCGACCUUAUCAGCAUCGUUCUUCAGGACAGCGGCGAGUACUUGUGUCGCGUCGUGAGUUCGACUGGAGUCGCCGAAUCUCGAGCUACCCUCAGCGUGACACCACGCGCAACAAUCGAACAGGCUAGCCAACACCCCGACAGCCUUCAGUACAUUCAACAGCUCGAGGAUUACAGCAAGUACCAAAGGCAGGAGAGUGUGGAGGAGAUCUCUCCACAGCGGCCGGCCUUCAUCCGUCCGCUCCAGGAUCUAGGAGAGCUGCAGGAAGGUCGGAAUGCGCACUUCGAGGCGCAACUGACCCCUGUUAGCGAUCCCACGAUGAAAGUGGAGUGGUACAAGGAUGGUAGGCCAAUCACAGCUAGCUCAAGAAUCACAACCAUCUUCAACUUCGGAUACGUCUCGCUCAAUAUUUUGCAUCUACGAGCUGAAGAUGCCGGUUCUUAUACUGUCAGAGCUGUGAACCGCUUGGGAGAGGCCGUCAGCUCCGCAACUCUCCGUGUCUUUGCGCGCACAAAUGUUACUUCUGAACUGGGAAUCCCCGAGCAACAGAGGUACAUCGAGGCUGCCGAGGAAUUGGAAGCCUAUCAACAGGCCAUGCACCAGAAGUAUGUACAGGAGCAGCCUGAACCGACCAGCCGACCGGAAUUCAAAUCUCCUAUCAAGGAUCAGAACAGCAUACGAGAAGGCGGUUUCGCUCAUUUCGAAGCACGUCUGGAACCAGUCGGCGAUCCCGAUUUGAGAGUCGAGUGGCUCAAAGAUGGACGCCCUGUAGAAGCUAGUUCACGGAUCACGACUUUCUUCAACUUCGGUUACGUAGCAUUGACCAUCAAAUACGUAACUAUUCACGACGUCGGCGUGUACACCUGUCGCGCUUACAAUCGCGCCGGCGAAGCGCACACCACCGCUCAAAUGAGCGUGAUUAGCAAGAACGACGUUAUCUACGACAGUCAACACCCCACCGGACUUCAGAAAUUUCAAACGCUGGAAGACUCCAGCAGAUAUUCGCGACAAGUACAGGAAGAAACCCAGGUUACUCAAGCGCCGCGAUUCCUAGGCACGUUGAAAGGUACCAACAAGAUCGUCGAAGGACAACGUGCCCACUUUGAGGCUCGCGUCGAGCCUCAGAGCGACUUGACCAUGACCAUCGAGUGGUACCAUAAUGGAAAACCAAUUACUGCCGCGAACAGAAUACAGACCUACCACGAUUUUGGUUACGUUGCUAUCGAUAUUCUUCAAGUCAGACCUGAAGACGCUGGCACUUACACCGUCGUUGCGAGAAAUGCCCUUGGGGAGGCACGUUUGUCCGCCACUAUGGUCGUUGAAACACGAUCUAGCGUCGAUACCAGCAGCAUGCAUCGCGUCUCCUACGAAAAGACGCAACGCCUCGAGGAAUCGAAAUUCGUCGAGCCACAAUAUCAUAUCGAAGAAAUAUCAAAAUCCAAGCCCAUUUUCGUGCAGCCACUGAGCGAUCCUAAGCCAGUGAGCGAGGGCAAGAAUAUACACUUAGAGUGCCGUUUGGAACCAAUGGGCGACCCAACGAUGAGAGUCGAAUGGUUCCAAAAUGGCCGCCCGGUUACAGUUGGCUCCAGAUUCAGGACUUACUACGAUUUCGGUUUCGUCGCUUUGGACAUCGUUCACUCGACUGUCCUCGACUCUGGAGAAUACACUGUCCGGGCCACCAACCAUCUUGGUACUGCCCAUACGUCAGCUUGCGUUAGGGUCAUCGCAAGAUCCGACGUCGUCACGGAAACUCAACACGAGCAGUCGCUCGAGCAGAUCCAGAUGCUGGAAGAUUCGUCCAGGUACCGCAAAACUCAACAAGAAGAAGUGACAGUGAUGCAGGCGCCCCAAUUCACCCGGGCUCUGCACAACAUCGAAACAGUGGAGCUGACCAACGUCCACCUCGAGUGUCGUCUUCAGCCUGUCGGCGAUGCCACGAUGAAGGUCGAGUGGUUCGUAAACGGUAGACCAGUGAAGACUGGCCAUAGAUUCAGACCAUCCUACGAAUUCGACUACGUAGCGCUCGACAUUCUCGGUGUCUACCCCGACGACUCAGGUGUCUACACCUGCCAAGCGAGAAAUCAAUUAGGCGAGGCUGUCACCUCGUGCUCGGUGAGGGUGCACGCGAAGAAAGACCUGCUCCUGGAGUCCCAGCAUCCCGAAGGCUUGGAGAGAAUACAGUAUUUAGAGGAUGCAUCGAGAUACAAGAGACACGAGCUGGUCGACGAGGUGGUCAACGUUAAACCAAGAUUCGUCACAGCUCCGAAGAACCAGGAGAACCUGCGCGAGGGACAGCACGCGCAUUUUGAAUGCAAAUUGGAACCGGUAACGGAUUCCAAUUUGAAGGUCGAGUGGUUCAAGAACGGUCGUCCAGUUACGAUAGGACACCGAUUCCGUCCGAUUCAUGACUUCGGAUACGUCGCACUGGACGUGAUCGACCUGAUUGCCGAGGAUUCUGGAACGUACACCUGCCGUGCCGUUAAUCUCGUCGGCAGCGACGAGGUGUCCUGCACGCUCACCUGUCGAUCAACUGCGCAAGUUCUGAUGGACACAAAGAACGAGAUCAGCCUCGAACAGAUCCACUAUCUCGAGGACAGGAGCAAAUACCAGCGACGAGAAGAUGUGGAGGAAACGACCACCCAGGCACCCAUAUUCACCACUUCUCUGAACAACGUGGAGAUCAAAGAGGGUCAAAGAGCUCACUUCGAGUGCAGGCUGAUCCCCGUGUCCGACGCAACGAUGAAAGUCGAAUGGUUCCACAACAACAAGCCAGUCAAGGCUGGAUCCAGAUUCGUCGAGACGAACAGCUUCGGUUUCGUCGCCCUGGACAUCAUGUACGCGUAUCCUGAGGACUCUGGCACCUACACCUGCCGCGCUAAGAAUAUUAUUGGGGAAGCAAUUACGUCUGCAUCCGCAGUUGUCCACUCCAAAAAGUCAAUCUACAUGGAAACUCAAAACGAAGAAACGCUUCAACGACUUCGUUAUCUGGAGGAUACCUCGCGAUACCAACGCAAAACCACAACGGAGGAGACAGUUACUCAAGCACCAGUGUUCACGAUGCCAAUCAAGGACCUCAAGGUCGCUGAAAACCAGGCGGCUCAUUUCGAGGCUCGCGUGAUCCCCGUAGGCGAUUCCAAACUGAAAGUCGAAUGGUUGCGAAAUGGAGUUCCAAUUUCAGCUUCCAAUCGCGUGACGACAAUGCACGACUUUGGAUACGUCGCUCUGAACAUGAAAUACGUGAAUCCCGAAGAUUCAGGUACUUACACUUGCCGUGCAAGGAACGAACUAGGUGAAGCAGUGACGUCAGCUACGCUUUUCGUCCAAUCCAAAGCAGCCCUGCAAUUCGAGACGCAGCACGAGAGCUCGCUGUCGAAGAUCCAAGCCCUGGAGGACACCAGCAAGUACCAACGCCGCGAGGAGGAAGAGUUCGUCGUAAAGGAGAAACCGUCCUUCACAGUCCAACUGAAUGGACCCACCAGCCUGGUCGAAGGCCAAAGCGCACACUAUGAGUGCCGCAUCGAACCCUAUCCCGAUCCAAACAUGAAGGUGGAGUGGUUCCAUAACGGCAAACCAUUGUCCACCGGUCACAGGUACAGAACCACCUGCGACUUUGGAUUCGCUGCGUUGGAUGUACUGACGGUGUACGCCGAAGACUCUGGCACCUACACGUGCCAGGCUACCAAUAGACUGGGAUCGGCGCAGAGUUCGAUCAAUCUUGACGUGAAAUCCCGUUCCUCCAUCAUUCGCGAGACACAACACGAAAAUGCACUGAAGAAAAUACAGUACCUCGAAGACGAUUCGCGGUUCAAACGCGUGGACCAGGAAGAUUUGAUCGUCGCGGAGAAACCGAAGUUCGGACGCCCGCUGAAGAACAUCGAGCACCUGCCCGAGGGCAAGAGCGCUCACCUUGAGGCGACCUUGACGCCUGUCAACGAUCCCACAAUGGUGGUCGAGUGGUACAGAGAUGGUAGACCGAUCCCACAGGGCCACAAGUUCAAGACCACUUACGAUUUCGGUUAUGUAGCUCUUGAUAUACUCUACGCUUACCCUGAAGAUUCGGGAACCUAUAUGUGCAAAGCGAGGAACGCUGUUGGCGAAGCUGUCACCACCUGCGUCAUCAGUGUCGACUCGAAACAAGGCCUUUGUCUGGACACAUUGGACGCCCAGCGUUUGCAGAAGAUCCGCGAGCUAGAGACCGUAGAAGUGAAACAAGAGGUUGAAAAAGAGGUUGUUCACCAGAAGCCCGUUUUCCUGACACCGCUCAACAAUCUGGAUCACUUAAAAGAAGGCGAACACGCACAUUUAGAAUGCCGCGUCGAACCCAUCAACGAUCCAAAUCUGAAGAUAGAAUGGUUCGUAAAUGGAGUCGCUGUCAGAACUGGUCAUCGCUUCCGCAAAACUCACGAUUUCGGCUAUGUGGCACUUGAUAUUCUUUACACAUACUCUGAAGACUCUGGCACUUACAUGUGCAAAGCUACGAACUUGGCUGGCGAAGCUGUCAACACUUGUACCAUCAAAGUGGGCUCUCGACGCAGUAUUCUCCUAGACACCCAACAUCCCGAUGGACUCGAAAAGAUCCGCGAACUCGAGGCCCAAGGACAUCCUGCCCGUUUAGAAGUCGAAGAACCUCCUGUGACGCCACCAAGAUUUGUCACCGAGCUCAGAGGUACCACCGAAGUAUACGAAGGUCAAACAGCCCACUUCGAGUGCCAAGUUGAACCUCUCCAUGAUGCCAACUUGAGAAUCGAGUUCUUCCACAAUGGCAAGCCCCUACCAUCGGCUUCUCGGUUCCACGUUACGUUUGACUUCGGAUACGUGGCUUUGGACAUCGGUCACGCAGUCCCUGAAGACGCUGGACAAUAUUCUGUACGAGCGAUCAACGCUCUCGGGCAAUGCGUCUCUUCGAUCGAGCUGAGAGUUAUCCCCAGAGACAACAUCAUUCUGGACUCUCAGCGUCCCGAAGGAAUGGACAAAAUCCGCGAACUCGAGGCCCAGCAGCCUUGGAAGAGACCUGAAGUACCAGAACCCCAAACCAGACAACGACCUGUCUUCACUCAACCAUUGCAGAACAUUGACGCCAUCCCCGAGGGACAAACUGCUCACUUUGAGUGCAGGUUGAUACCUGUAGGCGAUCCCACGUUGAAGGUUGAGUGGUUCAGAAAUGAAGUUCCGUUGGAAACCAGCUCACGAAUAACCAAGGUCCACGAUUUCGGAUACGUGUCACUGGAUAUUAAUCAUGUACGAGGGGACGACGAGGGUGUCUACAUGUGUCGUGCUACUAACCCUCUUGGCGAAGCAGUCACAACAGCCUCGAUGAGAAUCAAGAGCAAAGCCAGCAUACAACUAGAGACCCAGCAUCCAGAAGCUCAGCGUAGAAUCGCCCAGCUCGAAGCUGACAAACCAAGUCGACCCGAAGAACCAGACAAAGUUUUCGACAAACCCAUAUUCACGCAGUUAUUAACUGGACCUUCAGAACUUUGGGAAGGUCAGAUGGCUAGAUACGAAUGCAGAGUCGUCCCUGUUGGCGACCCCAGCUUGAGGUUCGAGUGGUACAUAAACGGAGUUGAGCUUAAGAUGGGUUCUCGUUUCCACGUAAAUCACGAUUUCGGUUACGUAACCUUGGAUAUCCUGAAGGUAAUAACAGAAGAUUCCGGUGUGUACACCUGCAAAGCGAUCAACAAAUCCGGGGAAGCAGUUUCCUCGAUAUCUCUGAAGGUCAAAGCACGCUCGGCCAUCGAUGCUGACAGUCUUCAGCCCGACGCGUGGCAGAAGAUCCAACUGAAGGAAGCUGAGAUGAACAAAGUCCCUGAAAUGUUUGUCGACACGACCCCGCAACAAGCUCCAGUUUUCACGAAGCAUCUGGAGAGCUACGACAAGCUCGUCGAAGGUCAACACGUCUACUUGGAGGCUCAAGUCGAGCCAAGAGCGGAUCCAAACCUCCGCGUGGAGUGGUUCAAGAACGGAGUACCGCUUCAAACUGGAACCAGACUUCGUAGCACCUUCGAUUUCGGUCUUGUGACGUUGUCCAUCAAUGGUUUAAGGCCUGACGAUUCAGCAAUUUACACCUGCAAGGCGACCAAUCUGCUGGGAGAAGCUGUAUCCACCUGCAGCUUGAAGAUCGUCGAUCGUCACUGGUUACUCGGUGACACUCUUCAUCCCGAUGCUCUUCCAAAGAUCGAUGCUCUGGAACAGCCUCACGUCACAUCCGCCGAACAACCGGAACCAACAUACGAAGAACCAGUCUUCAUCACCCACCUCAACAACGUCGAGUGCGUCGAAGGUGACAAUGUCCACUUCGAAUGCAACGUAGAACCAUCGAAAGACCCGACCAUGAAGAUCGAGUGGUUCAUCAAUGGAAAACCACUUCCAACCGGUGCCAGGUUCAAAUCAACCUACGAUUUUGGUUACGUUGCUUUGGACAUCAACCACGCUUACGAGGAAGACUCUGGAGUGGUCAUUGUCAAGGCUACCAACUCCAAGGGCUCUGCACAGACAUCAGGUACAUUGAAGUGCAUCAGCAAACAGAGUAUCUAUUUGCAGACUCAGCAUCCUCAAGGCGAAGCUGGUCUGGAGAAAGUCAAGGAGGCGGAAGAUGCUUAUCUGUCCAAAUAUAGAAGACCAGAGGAUGGCCCUGAACACGAAUAUCCUAAACCAAUCUGGACAGUUCCGCUGCAACCAGAGUUCAAACUAGGCGAAUCCGAGCCGUUGCAUCUAGAAGGCCAGGUAGAACCGAAAGAGGAUCCCAACUUGAAGAUCGAGUGGUACUUCAAUGGCAAAGCCUUGGAGCACGGAUCUCGUUUCAAGAUGACCAGCGAUUUCGGAUUCGUCACCCUGGAUCUGACAGACGUCUACGAACGCGACUCUGGAAUUUACACCUGCAAGGCCUACAACAAGGCAGGGGAAGCAUUCACCUCGACGACGAUUUACUGCUCGACCAAGGAGAACAUCAUCGAAAGGUCGCAACAUCCAAAGGGCAAGGAGGGUCUGGAAGCCAUCCAAGACCUCGAAGAGUCCCUGAAACGGCAGGAAGGUGGUCCGCCCGAGAGCGAGGAAGGUCAUCCUCCAGUGUUCACGUCCCAAUUCGAGAAUCUGACGAACCUGUCCGAGGGUGAGAUCGCCCACUUCGAAGCCUCCCUUACGCCAACCGGUGACCAAACCAUGGUCGUCGAAUGGUUCUACAACGGGAAGCCAUUGGACGCUAGCCAUCGCACGAGGACUGUCUAUGCUUUCGGCAUGGUCGUCCUGGAAGUCCUUGGAACGAAGAUCGAGGACUCCGGCACCUACUCUUGCCGUGCCACGAACAAAUGGGGCCAAGCUGAGAUCAGCGUGGAACUGGAAUGCGUGGACAAGUCCAAGGGACAGAAACCUAAGUUCACUACGCAGAUCCAAUCAUUGGAGGGCCUCAAGGACGGCCAGUCGGCCCACUUCGAGUGCACCCUUAUUCCAGUUGGAGAUCCUCACAUGAAAGUGGAGUGGUUCCACAACGGACAGCCCUUGAGGCACUCUUCCAGGUUCAAGAUGGUGUCCGACUUUGGGUUCGUCGUGAUGGACAUCGCUGGAGUGAUGGCACACGACACUGGAGAAUACGUGUGCAAGGCCAGUAAUAAAUAUGGCGAAGAUUACACGAAGGCAACCAUUAAAUGCUUCGGAAAGAGCGGAGUCUACCUAGAUUCCUUACAACCGGAUUCUCUAGCUAGAAUUCGCGAAUUGGAGAGCCUUGGAGGGGAACAACCAACCACUCCAACAACCCCGGUCACCGAACCACCUAAAUUCAUCACCCAAAUCGCUGACAUCACUAAAUUGGUUGAAGGACAGUCGGCUCACUUCGAAGCUAGACUCACGCCGGUGACCGAUCCAGAUUUGAAGGUCGAGUGGUAUUAUAACGGCAAGAAGCUUCCUCACGGACAUCGAUACAGAACCUUCCACGAUUUUGGCAUAGUCAUCUUGGACAUACUGUACUGUUACGAAGAGAACUCUGGAGUCUACGAGUGCAGAGCCUAUAACAAGUAUGGAGAAGACUCGACAAAGGCAUCGUUGAAGUGCUACUCCAAGUCCAGCCUUAUUUUGGAAUCUCAACUUCCAAAGGGAAUGGAGGGUGGUCUGGAGAAGAUACAGACACUGGAAGAUUCGAUGAUUCGAACGAAAGACGAGAAGGUUGUUGAAGAGCGUGGAAAGGCUCCAGUGUUCACCGUGCCACUGAGCAACAUCGAUGGCCUUCGGGAAGGAGAAAGCGCACACUUUGAAGCUAGACUUACACCUACUGACGAUCCAAAAUUAAAGGUCGAAUGGUUCUGGAAUGGAAAACCAUUGCGUACCGGCUCACGUUUCCGCACCUUCUGCGACUUCGGCUUUGUUAUCCUUGAAAUAUCGCCAAUUUACCCAGAAGAUUCAGGAGAGUACAGCUGCAGAGCAACGAACGAAUACGGCGAGGCAGUGACAACCUGCACCAUGAAGUGUACCGGAAAACGCAGCAUAAUUCUAGAAUCCCAGCUGCCUAAGGGAAUGGAAAGCACUAUCGACAAGAUCGCUGAGUUAGAAGGUCUCGGAAACGAGCCAAGCGCAGCUACUCCGGAGGACGACACCGGAAAACCACCGGAAUUCAUCACGACACCAUCCGAUUUGACUUUAACCGAGAACUCUCUGGCCCACUUCGAGUGCAGAUUGACGCCCAUCAAUGACUCCAGCAUGAGAGUGGAGUGGUUCCACAAUGGAAAGCCUCUGCUCGCUGGAACCAGGAUCAAGACCAUCCACGACUUCGGUUUUGUCAUCCUCGAAGUCGCCAACUGCUACCAACGCGAUUCUGGUCUCUACACCUGCAAAGCAACGAACCGUCACGGCGAAGCCACCGUGUCCUGCAAGCUGCAGGUCCGUGGACGUCAAGGAAUCAUCCUUGAGCCCCAGUUGCCUACCAACUUCAAGACCGGAACGGAGAGCAUCCAGAAGUUGGAGGAGGCUUUGUACAAGAGGGACGAGUUGCUCACCGAAGAAGAGACACCUAACCCACCUAAAUUCACCGUGGAAUUGAAGGACAUCGAGGUGGAGGAAGGAGCGUCAAGUCACUUUGACUGCAGAGUCGAGCCCGUGGGCGAUCCUACGAUGCGUAUCGAUUGGUUCCAUAACGGACGAUCCUUCGCCACGGGCUCGCGAGUCCACCAGAUCAACGAUUUCGGAUUCAUUUCUUUGGACAUGUCGUACACUUAUGCCAGGGACAGCGGCGAGUAUGUUUGCAGAGCAACGAACAAAUGGGGUUCUGCUACCACAAAAGCAAGCAUCACAUGCAAAUCCAAGAAAACGAUAGACUUCGAUUCUCAGCUACCGUCAGGCAUGAGCGGUGAGAAACUAAAGGAGUUAGAACGUGGACCAGUGAGCGAACCACCUGCUCAAGAGCCACCUCGUCAACCACCGCGAUUCGUCACGCAUAUUCAAUCAGCAACGGUCGACGAGUCUGAACCAGUUAGGUUCGAGUGCCGCGUGGAACCCAAAGACGAUCCAAAUUUACGUAUCGAGUGGUACAGGAAUGGCAAGUUGAUCCCAUGUGGGCACAGAUACAGAACAACCUACGAUAUGGGAUUUGUGUCUAUGGACAUCUUGUACGUCUACCCUGAAGAUUCGGGAGAAUACGUUUGCAAGGCCAUCAAUGAUCUUGGAGAAGACACCACCAGGGCAUCAGUUUCAUGCAAAAAACUACCCAGUAUCAUCCUGCAAAAUCAAGUGCCAAAGGGUAUGAAGAAGUCGGAAGCGUUGAUGCAGAUGGAAGCAACUAUCAAGAAAUAUACCUCGGAGGUUCACCUGACCGAGGACGACCUCUACGACGCGGACAAGAAACAACCACCUCGUUUCGUCACCCAGAUUCAAGACCAAACCGAGCUCGUUGAAAUGAACAGCUCGAAGUUCGAGUGCCAGCUGGCGCCAGUUGGCGAUCCAAACAUGAAAGUCGAAUGGUUCUUCAACGGCAAACCUCUGCCGCACAAGAACAGAUUCACGCCUAUCUACGAUUUCGGCUACGUGGCGAUGAACUUCGGUUGGGUGUACCCUGAAGAUAGUGGGGAGUACCUCUGCAGGGCCACGAAUCUUUACGGAAUGGAUGAAACGCGAGCGGUGAUUCGAACGGCUGGAAAGCCUGGUAUCAUUUACGAGUCGCAGCUGCCGAAGGGCAUGAAAAGUAUCGAGAAGAUCAGGGAGAUGGAAGCUGCUUGGCAAAUAGUACCUGAGGAAGAGGGCGAAGAGGAGAAGGUUCGGGCUCCUCCAACAUUCGUGAGCAAACCGGAGCCCGUAACUGUCGAAGAGGGUGAUUGUUCCAGAUUCUGCUGUCGUGUCACUGGUCAUCCUAGACCACGUGUCAUGUGGAUCAUCAAUGGGCACACGGUGGUGAACGGAUCGAGGUACAAGUUAACCUAUGACGGCAUGUACCAUCUGGACAUCCCCAAAACUAGACAAUACGACCAUGGGAAAGUCGAGAUCAUCGCUAGGAGUUCGGUCGGUGAGACACGCACGGAAACGACAUUGACCGUGAAACCAAGGAGCGAUGAUUAUCGCGGGGUGCUGAAGAACUCACCAAGACCGUGGUAUGAUUAUGGGCUGACCCAAUACCAAUCGGAGCGACAGAACACAGAGCUCGAGAGAGUAUUCGACGAGAGACACCACAACGUGUCCCAAGGAAUCGAGAUCGCCACCGAGCACCUCGGGCAAAAAGUCAUGAAAGAACCCGAAACAGAAUGGCAGAAGUCUGUCAAAAGCAAGAAGAACGAGGACUAUUACAACAAGCUCAUGAACCUCGAAGAGGAACAGGUCUUGAAGGAGUCCAGGCUGAGGGAAACCACCCAUCAGUUUGCCAUUCCUGGCGAGAAGGUUGUCGCUAACUCCAUGGCGAAGGGAAUGGCCCAAAAGUACGAGGAGACCUUGGAAGAAAAGAGAGACGACGAGGAGACGCAGCAAGCAACAACCAAAUACGUGAAGAGACCCUUCACAACAGAAGUGGACAUCGACGUGGAACGCGCGAAAGCCUCAGGAAAGUAUCCUCCAGAGCCGUCGGAGUCCACGGUUCACGGUCGCGAGGUGCACGUGGCCAAGCAGAAGCAGACCCAGAAAGAGGUCAAAGGCGACCUGGAGAUCACUCGAAAAAUAACCGCCACAGAAACCACCGAGGUGGAACACAAAGCCAAGACCCAAGAGCGCGUUGUUCAGGGCCAGACCAAGCCAGCGAAACCACCAGUCUUCACGAAGAAGAUUCAACCUUGCAGAGCAUUUGAGCAGGAACAGGCGCGUUUCGAAGUCGAGUUCGACGGCGAUCCACUUCCGACCAUCAAAUGGUACCGCGAGGACUUCCCCAUUCAGAACUCGCCAGACCUUCAGAUUUACACCUUCAGCACGAAGUCGGUGCUAAUCGUUCGACAGGUGUUCAUGGAGGAUUCGGGUGUUUUCUCCGUGAUCGCUGAGAAUCGGGGUGGAAAGGCCAAAUGCAGUGCUAAUCUGGUCGUUGAAGAGCGCAGGAGACAGCCUGGAAGAGGAGGAGUGGUGCCACCGAGUUUCCUGUCGACCAUUCAGAGCACCACCGUGACCACUGGACAAUUGGCGAGAUUUGACGCUAAAGUGACCGGAACCAAGCCUCUGGAUGUUUACUGGCUGAAGAACGGCAAGAAAGUGACAGCAGACAUUCGUUACAAGACACUCGAGGAGGACAACACUUAUACCUUGCUGAUCCUGGAGACAGUGCCGGAAGAUUCUGGAAAAUACGAGUGCGUCGCAUUGAACAGCGCUGGAGAGGCUCGUUGCGACGGCGAAUGCACUGUUCGAGGACCUCAAUCACCUGCGAAGACGGCGAAACCGACGACGCCUGGCGUCGAAAAGGCUCCUGCGGUUGUAGAGCCGCUGAAAGAUCAAACUAUCAGAGAGGGAACUUCCGUUGCUUUUGCGUGCAGGAUCACUGGAAAACCGGUACCUACGGUCCAAUGGAAGAAAGGCGACAAGGUAAUCAAACCGUCGAAAUACUUCCAAAUGCAAAAGGAAGGUGAUCUUUGCACCUUGAGGAUCUCUGAAGCCUUCCCCGAAGACGAGGGUGUUUACAAAUGCAUCGCCAAGAACCCAGCUGGCGACGUGACCACAUCAGCCAAUCUCAGAGUUCUUGCUCCAGACGCAGCCGAUGCCCUGCCCAAAGUGACGCCUCUGAAGGAUCAGAUAGUCCUCGAGGGACAACCAGCUCAAUUUAAAACUCAAGUCAGUCCAGCGAAACCAAAGCCAACGAUCCAAUGGUAUCGUGAAGGUGCCCUGAUACCCCAGUCGCCUGAUUUCCAGAUGAUUCAUGAGGGCAACAACGCUGUGCUGCUCAUAGCGACUACCUACGAAGAGGACACUGGCACCUUCACCUGUCGGGCCACCACCUCGGCUGGCACCGUAGAAACCUCCGCCAAACUCAUCGUCAAAAGUAAGAAUUGAAUAAAAGAUACACGUUCAAUUGCUAACACGAAGCGCGAUUGAAUCGACGGAACAAGCCUCUAGUAACUAACAGAAAAAUGCGAGCAUGCUCGAGACAAUUUUCGAAAUAAAAAUAAAAUACAAAAUAAAACAAGAAUCUAAUAUGGAUUUCUUAGAUUCAAAACAAAACAGCGAUAAUAAAUAUUUCUUAAAUAUUAAUAUACGAUCAGUGUCGAAUAUGGAAAAGAUCAAAAGAGGGAGACUUAUAAAAAUGAAAGAAAAAUUCGAAGAUUCAAAAAUACGAGGAUCUCAGCCCCAAGAAUGAUAAAUUAUUCAUUUUUAAUCAGUUGGAGCUUCAGAGCCCUUUUCCUCGUAUUUCACAUGGUAUACAAUGAAACUAUAAAUUGAAAAAUAAAUUGUCUUGACAGCGCGCAUUUUUCUGUCGAACACGAUCCAUUGGAGGCCCGUGCGUAUUUUUAUUUUUUUUCCGCUUUUUUUGUUGUUUUCUCUAAAAAAGAACCCUAACCCACCAAGCGAACUGUUACCAUUUUUUUUCUACAAUGUAUCUCCCCCACCCCUCAAUAAUUAAAGUCUCGAACGACCCCCCGGGGAGUUUGUACUAACUCGUCGUGUUUAAAAGUAGACGAGCGAGUGAAACGAGACGUAAGUAGAGUGGACCUCUCGGGUCUAAGAGGGACAAAGAAAGGAAAAAGUAUAUGGAAAUACUGCAGGGAAUUGAAAACGCGGCAAGUGUCGCGAAGGUGGUGCUAAACGUUGCGGAGGAAACGUGUUUGAGGCGUUUCGCGAGAACGGGAACGUAAAAGUAAAACGAAUCGAAGCGUUGCUCGAAAUUCGACUGCCAAAGUAGGGUUGUGACUUCUUAAUUUUUCUGUAUUCGAACUAUCGAAUUACUCAAAUGUUUGGGGAAUAUACGUCAAAUAACUGUCUGAAUGUUUUUCGAAUAUUUAGCUGGAAAUAUAUAUUCUAAAUAUGAUAUUCGACUAGUAAUAUUUAUAAUAUUACUCGUAUUCGAAUGGUAAUAUUGAAAGAAUUAUUUGUAUUCGAAGAGUAAUGUUCAAAAAGUGACAGGAUUUGGAAUAAUAAUACUGAUAAAAUGGUAUUGGAAUAAUAAUAUUCAUGUAGCAAUAUUUAAAUGAUGAUAAUUACAUAAUAAGAGUAGAGAAAUGAUAUUCGUAUAGUACGGCUCAAUUAGUAAUAUUCAGAAAUGCUAUCCAAAUAGCAAUGUUCAGAAAAUGAUAUAAGAAUAUUUGUAUUGAAAUAGUAAUAUACAAAUAAUACUCGAGUAGCAUUAUUUAUAAAAUGAUAUUUAAAUAGUGAUAUUAAAAAAAUGGUAUUCGUUAAGUAAUGUUCAAAUAAUAAUAUUCAAAUAUGAUAUUCAACCAGUAAUGUUCAAAAAAUGAUAUUAUAAUCUUAAUAUUAAUCUAGUAAUAAUCAAAUAGUAAUACUAGAAUAAUGAUAUGGAUAAAAAGAUAUUCGAAUAGAUAUUAGCAUACAGCAUUAUCUAAAAAAUGAAAAUGAAAUAUUAAUAUUCAAAAAGUGAUAUACGUAUAGUACUAUUCAAACAGCAUUAUCUGAAAAACAAUAGUUGAAUAUUAAUGUUCAAAGAAUAAUAUUCGCAUUCUACUGUUCAAAGUGAUAUACAAAAGUAAUAUUCGAAUAGUAAUAUUCAAACAGCACCAUCCAAACUUUUUUCGUAGUAUUCGAAUACCCAUAAAAUGUUCGAAUACUGAAUUCAUCGAGUAGCCGCAGCCCUAAUCGAACGUGGCACGGACGAGGUAAACUUUCCAUCCAAAGGUGCAAAUCACGAGCGAGACCCGUCCGGGCGACGUUCACCAGCGUCGAAUUUGUCGUUGAAAAUUUGAAAUAUCCGACGUGGUGCUUCGAGUCGGGACGUUUCGAUGAAUUUCUUUCGAUUCCAUUGUUGUACAUAAGUUCAAAUCGAGAGAAUUGACGAACGAUCGACGACCGCGAUCGUUCGUUUCACGCGAGAAUCGCGAAUAAUCGCGAGAGGGAAGAGAAUUGUCAGUAAACCAAGCGUAACGUCAAAGCAUCGCCAAUAUACGAACACGUGACUCGUUUACUCGUUCGAUUUAGUGUCGAUGUUCAUUAUAAAGAAUUAUAUAUUUAUCUUACAAAAUACAUAAUAUAUAUAAAUAUAAGUGUAUACAUUACUCCAGACACGAUUUACAGUUAGUCACACCGACGAAAAAAUUUAUAGUUACACAAAUAUACACACGCAGAUACCUUUUAACAUUCUACUAAUUGAUUAUUUAUUAUUGUACAAUGGAAAGGCCAAUAAAAACGAAUGUUUUAAGUA